GACGUCAAGAGGGCCGGAUGCGUCCGGUUAGCUGUCGCUCUCUCUCUCUCUCUCUCUCUCUCUCUCUCUCUCUCUCUCUCUCUCCCCACAAGGUAGCCACUACAAAAAACCGCUCCCUCGCCUGCCCUUCUCUCUCACUCAGCCGUCUCUCUGCUUUCUCGCGCGUCGCAGCAGCUCGAUUUUUACAACACUAGCUGGUUACCUAGCUAGCCACACCAAGGAACGCGCUCCGUACGUGCAAGUAGUUUAGCAGAGCUCGCAAUUGGCAAUGCUGGAGGGGGAGGUGUCCAGCCCGGCGUCGUCCGGUGGCACGUUCUCGCCGCCGCCGUCGCCUGCCGAGGCAGCGGCGAGGCGUGGUGGCGGCGGAGGAGGAGGAGGAGGGGAGAAGCGGGCGCGGGACGGCGGGAAUCAGCACCCGUCGUACCGCGGCGUGCGGAUGCGGGCGUGGGGGAAAUGGGUGUCGGAGAUCCGGGAGCCGCGCAAGAAGUCGCGCAUCUGGCUCGGCACGUUCCCGACGCCCGAGAUGGCGGCGCGCGCGCACGACGCGGCCGCGCUCGUCGUCAAGGGCCCCGCCGCCGUGCUCAACUUCCCGGAGAUGGCAGCGGCACUCCCGCGCCCGGCUUCCUCCGCGGCGCGCGACGUCCAGGCGGCUGCGGCGCGCGCCGCGGCCAUGGAGCCGUCCCUGCUUCUGGGCCCCACCGCCGCCGCAGCAUUGCAGCCCGCAGCGCCUGGCGCCCCAGCGGAGGGGCAGCAGCUGCUGCUGCUGCAGCAGCAGGACGACGAGCUCGAGGCGAUCGUGGAGCUCCCGCGGCUCGACGAGGACGCCGCGGGGCUUGUAACGUUCGGCGCGACGUCGUUCCAUGACAGCGCGGUGGCGACGUCGUUCCAUGACACCGCGCUUGCGGCAUCGUGGUGUGACCCCGUGUGGAUCGACGACGCCGGGUACGCUGCUGCGGCGGCGCACGAUGACCUGUUCGGCCUCGGCCCUGGCCUCGGCGACGGCGACUACGGCUGGGCUCAGUCGGUUGGUGCGCUCCUGUGGAACUUGUAAUUGCUAGCUGGUUGCUGCUAAUCAACGUGUGUAAUUAACUCUUGUUAAUCAUUUCUCCCCUUUUUUUUCCCUCUCUCUUUUCUCUGAAUCUGUAGAUAUCAGAGAGUCGCAAGUUGCCACUUAUUACCUCAAAAAAAAGUUGCAACUUGCUGGGGUUGAACUUGAACAGCAUGCGUCUUUCUAGAAUCCUCUUCGUUGCCUUUCUGGGACGUACUCUGAAUUUGUCUCUCCUUAAUGGGCACUAUUAUUGGCCUAACAACAAUGUACAUGCAUGCACGCAAUGAUGCAUCGAUGAUUUGGCAAUCUACUCACCUUCUUCAAGCACUCUCGCGCAUUCAGUAG